GGUAAUUAUACUUGUUCCUGUGUCUCAGUUUCCCUUUGAGGGAGGUCAAAAUAAUCUGGGCUGUAGCAGCAAGAUGAUGAUGUUUAAGAUGGAUCUAAUUAGAAGACUGCUUUGAAUCACCUGCAAAGGUCUGUAUCCAGGGGAAGUCUCACUUUAGAUGAAUCUCUCUAAGAGCCAUCUUCAGUGAGAAACUCCGUCAAAUGCCUGCAGGAAACCCAGGUCAGUGACAUCAGGUAUAUUGCUGGAUCAUUGCUGUCCUCUAUCCAUUCACAAGGCUGUACAGCAAAGUUGACGACAAAAUGCCAUCCCUGCUUACUGCAGCUCUCCACUGCCUGUUUCUACUGGUCACAGCAUGUUGCCAUACACUACAGGCCUCAGACUUCGACCCGUUCACACAAUAUGUAGUGAUAAGCUGGGAGGGGAAAGCGUUCACUCAGAGCAGCAAAGGCAGAAGCCAAAUGUGCUGCUUUUCUACCUUCCGCCUCUGGAGUAUACCGUUGACAUUGAAAUAAUUCUUACGAAUCCAGAUUUGUUCUCACUAGUCGCACAGUAUUACAAAUGCCAUAAUCUUCAAAUUUCAGCAAAUAUUUCAGAUGUAGAAAUGAGCAUUUCAAGCAUCAACGUUACAGCAGUUUGUCCGCCCAGUGGUGAGAACGUGAGCUGUUGUUAUUGUGAAGAUGGAUUGUACAAUGACUCGAAAGCCUGCCCUCCUGUCAGCCUAUCAUCCAAAACGUCCUGUGGCUAUAUCAAGGAUAUGCCCUUCUACAGGAUUCACUGUGAGCCUGAGCCUUACAUUGGAGACCCACAUCGUACAGGAGAUCCUGUUGAUAUUCAUAUGUCAGUCACACUUGACCAAGUCUUUUCUGAUAAUCUCAGGAAUUCUUCUUCAGAGUUAUACAAAACAUACAAAGAUGACCUUGAAAAAGCGUUUCUUCAGAGCUACACAUGCUUAUCAGGCUUUCUAUCAGUAACAGUAACUGGUUUCAGACCUGGAAGUGUCUCUGUGAACUACGAAGUAAAAGCAAGAGCAGCAACCUUCAGUGACAUACACAAUUCCAACAAGCUUGUACCAAAAUUUCUAGAUCCAUUGUACCAUCUAAUACCCAGCUCCUUCACAACAGAAAUAACUAAUCAGACAAACUUCACUGUGAGUCCUGUGGACAUUUUUGAAGGGGAUACAGUAACACUGAUGUGUGAGAUAAAUGCAGAAUCUGGGAGUGCAACCUGGUAUCACUCCAAUCAGACCAUCUCAGACAGCUCCCGGCAUUCGCUGGAGACAAAAUUUACAACUGGAAUAUCAAGAUCAACUCUUAAGAUUACCAACAUUACAACGGAGGAUUCUGGUUCCUAUACGUGUGUUUUCUCAAACAUUAGUGACCAUUACAAGCUGAUAUACAAAGACAUGCAAGACAUACCAGUAUCUUCACUAAGCAUCAUUUCAUACUCAGACGACACGAAAAUUACCUGCAAUGGUCCUGACAUUCAAGCAACAAGUACCUUGCUGUUCUGUUGUUUAAACAUAUACUCACCAUCAAUUAGGAGUGACUGGAAGUUAAAUGGAUCAAGCGCUGUUGCAGGAGUCCCCACUGACAAAAAAAACUGCACUGAAUAUGAGCUCAACAUCACCGAAUCACUGUGCGUAGCUGAGAAGUUGAGUACAGUGACAACAUAUACGUGUGAGUUCCUGAGUGGACAUGGUGCCAGGACCAGUCAAAACAUCAGAGUGACAUACUUACGGACAGACUAUGUAAGAAUAUCUUCAAGUGUAAACACAUCAGUUUCUGAAGGAAAGGGAUUCAACCUAACGUGCAAAGGCAAUGUGAGCGAUUAUGACAGCAUUAUUUGGGAAAUCCAGUCUGGAGAUAAAAUACAAAGAGUAGAAUGUGCUUCAUGCAUCAGAACCGACAAAUCCAUAGCCACAUCUGUGCUCUCAGUGAAUCUUGCCACUCAGGACUGGAAUGGCACCUACAUCUGUACUUUCUCCAACAAGUCUUCGAACACUUCUGCCAAUGUGACUAUCAAUGUUAUUCCCUUGCCUCUGAAACAGAACAUCUGGCUAGACCCCAUUAAAACAUCUAUAAAGUGCAAAACUCCACAACGCUUCAACUGCUGCAUAAGUGCUAACACUGUAGAAGAUUACAAUGUUACAUUUGUGGUUGGAGAAAAAGAGUUUCAACUUGGAAAAAAAGAACACGGAAAUUUCUUGUGCUACUCGUACGAUUACAAUGAAACAGAAUGCAGAAAAUGGGAGGAAAGUCUCAAGGUGUAUUACAGGUUUGUUAACAGCGUGGAACAGGAGGUCGAGAGUGAAAACAUAGAACUGAGGUGGAUACCUGAAAGCAAAAUUUCCUGCUCAGAAAAUGAUGUUUUUGGAGCGGAAGAGGACACAUUAAUAAAGCCAUGCCCUCUGUUAAAUAAUACUUUUAUCCGAGGCACUGAAAUUUACAAGUGCAAUGAGAAAUCAUGGAAGCCGAAAAGGAAUAACUGCGUGUCUGAACAAAUAAACAACCUACUGAUUAGAGCGGAGUCCUUGGUCAACAGUCCUGUGGCAAAAACAGACUUGCCCAUCUUUCUUCAGCAACUCCUGAAUGAGACAGAACUCCAGCAAAAUGUCAAUUCUUCAGCAGACCUAGCUGCAGUUGUUAACAUCCUGUAUAAUAUCUCUGCUAUCCCAGCAGAUGCAAGCAAGUCCACUAUUGAGGCCUUCUUAUCUACAGUGGACAAUAUUGUUAAUGGUUCCAAAAUGGAAUUUUGGGCAGAGCUGAAUAAGAGGAACGCACCCAGCAGUUCUCUUUUACUGAAUUCAGUAGAAAGAUUUUCUGAGAAUCUCCAGCCAGUUAAUAAUACCUUUCCUCAUGUCAGCACUAAAACCCUUGAGCUACAAGGUAUGGUUGUCACAGAAAACAGGCACGCGGACUAUAAUAAGGACUUCAACCAAGUAGGAAACCUCAGUGCUAAUGUGUUAAUUGAGAAAUCUGUGACUCUACCCCCAAAUUCAACCAUUGUCAGUGUGGCCUGCUCAGCUAUUGGACAGAUUUUGCCUAAGAAUGAUAAUGUAUACGUGAAUAGCUUAGUGGUAAUAACAACUAUGAGCUGCAAGAGACCCCAGAACUUCUACAUUAAUAUGACCUUUCAAAAAGCAAACCUGUCUCUAAACACACCAAAAUGUGUCUUUUGGAACUUCAGCCUCAAUGAAAACAGAGGAAAAUGGGUUGAUUAUGGUUGCAUACCGACAGAGGAAAAAGGCAACGUUACUUGCUCCUGCAAUCACUUGACACCAUUCUCCAUUUUGAUGUCACUUGUAAAACCAUCUGACAAUCUUCCUGCAGAUUAUAUUACCCACAUUGGCCUGGCCAUUUCAAUUGUGAGUUUAAUGGUCUGCAUUAUAAUUGAAUCCUUAGUUUGGAAAAAUGUAACAAACAACACAACCUCCUACAUGCGCCACGUCUGUAUAUUCAACAUAGCUACGUCACUCCUAGUUGCUGACAUUUGUUUCAUUGUCAAUACUUACACCAAUGAUCAAAAUGCAAAGAAAAAAAGAGAGAUUUGUAUUGCAGCCACCUUCUUCAUCCAUCUAUUCUACCUGUGUGGCUUAUUCUGGAUGCUCAGCCUUGGCCUCAUUCUUUUCUACAGAUUGGUCUUCAUCUUCCAUAACACAAGUAAGACCAUCCAGAAAGUAGUGGCAUUCUGUCUGGGAUAUGGGUGCCCCUUUGUCUUUGCAGUUAUUACCAUUGCUGUCACACUGCCACAGAACAAUUAUACCAAAAAGGAUGGCUGCUGGCUCAACUGGAAUGACAGCAAAGCUGCCUUAGCCUUUAUCAUACCUGCCCUGGCUAUUGUGGCCAUGAAUUUGUUCAUCACCGGAGUUGUUAUAAUAAAAAUACUGAGGCCAAACAUUGGGGACAAGACCAACAAGCAGGAGAGAAAGACUUUGUUUCAAAUCGGCAAAAGUCUGGCCAUCUUGACACCACUGUUAGGCCUUACCUGGGGAUUUGGUCUUGCUACCAUCAUCGAAAAUGACCAAAAAGCUUUCCACAUCGUCUUUUCUCUGCUCAAUGCUUUGCAGGGAUUAUUCAUUUUGGUGUUUGGGACUCUCUGGGAUAAGAAGAUAACAGAAGCCCUGCUGAAGAGGAAUUCUCUGUCCAGAUGGAGUUCACAGCAAACAAAGUCAACCUCCCUGAUCUUGGUGACACCAAUGUUCUCUAUGGCCUACCCGCUUUCAAGAACCUUCAACAACUUAUGUGGCAAAACAGGAAAAUACACAGUAUCUUCUUCAGAGCCAUCCAGCUCUUCUGAAAACACUUCCAAGUCAUAUUCUUUGCUAAACUGAGGCCCUGCAAAUGCUAAACUGUUUAACUGUGAAAGGACCUCUGCCUUUUCCAAGACACACACAAAAAGCGUCUGUGAGUCGUCAAGCAGUGGACUGCUUCCCAUUGACUAUACUGUGCCUUGGUGCAUUCUUCUGGAAUAAUCCUUUCUGGUUAACAUGUAAGGCAGGGAAGCUUUGUGAGGAGGAAUUUUACAGGGACUGCCAAUACCAGAAGAAAUGACAAGACGUUUGAAGCUUGGAAGGAUUAGAAGGCCUUCAAGUGCUGGUAAAGACAUUGAAGAACCCUUGGCCUAAAAGAGGGUGCUUAGCACUGUGCAGUACUGAGCCAUGAAUCACAGUGCUACACACCGCUGUUGUCCAGUGGUUUUCAUAUUUCUCCUACCAAAUCUCUGAAUGAUUCCAAAACCCUGUGUAGAUAAACAAUUACCCCAUAGCUUCUCACCUGCCCUCCUAUUACGGUCUGGAAAGCUAUUGGGUAUAAUGCUCUCUGAUUUCUAUUUAAUAUUUCCUGGAGCCAAAGAUUCAAAACUGAGAAGGCCUAUUUCAGAUCUUCACUUCUGACUCAUAAAAAA